AUGUGGCGGCAAGUGGUGAUCGUUGUGUCGUGUUGUGUUGUGAUACCGGUGCUUAGCAGUGUGGUGGAAAUUAAUGACACCAUCGCAACGACUCUGCCCCCGCUGUACCAUCUGGACGACUGGUCACGAUGCCAGCGUACAGGGGAUGUCUACUGCAUUGUGGAUGCUGUUCUGUACACGACGCAACCUUCGCGGACGAUGGCGCUGUUGCAGAGAUACUCGCAGCAAAAAUUCAAGCAUUACAACAGGACCCAAAUUCAUAGAGGUGUCUGCGUGUCACGAUGUGGCAAGGUCAACCACACCACGGGGAGCUGGCAUGAUGCUGCUCAGAGCUGCGUCAGUAUCGGAGUUGCGAAGUAUGAACUACAGGCUGAGGUUACGUCAGUAGACUGGUGCAUGUCAGUGGACUCUCCCCCAACGAGCUCGGGACCUGCACGCGCUCUAGCCGUGCUGUGCACCAUGCUGGUUGCAUUGGCGUGUUUAGCGACUGGCGUACAUGUGCUUGGUGAUCGCUGCGCUAAAGCAGAGUGCAACCGGUAUCUCCUAGCGUUUUCAUUGAAGAAGAAUUGGGACAUCCUGACGUACGACAGAAGAAAACCAAGGACUGACGAUCGUAUGAAAGCUGUAGCGUGUUUAGAAGGUAUUAGGUUCAUGGGAACGCAAGGCGUUAUAUUCUCUCACGUCCUGCUCAUCUACGUUUAUUUGUACAUCGACAAUCCUCUAUACGUUGAACAGAUGUAUGACAUGUUCGCAUGGAAAGCGGUGUUCAACUCGCCAUUGUGGCUUCAAGCUUUCUUCGCGAUGUCUGGUUUUCUGACAGCCUACUCCGUACUGAUCUCAUCACCAUUUAAACCCAUCACGCCGUUUAAAUGUCUUCUGUCUAUUGUUAACAGAUGGGUCAGAUUAACCCCGGUAGCAGUAUUCGCAUUAUGGUUCACAAUGGCGUGGUUCCCACUGCUGGGCUCAGGACCCCAGUGGUCUUGGCUGGUGGAGAGAGAAGCUGCUGAGUGUCUCGACCGGUGGUGGUACCACGUACUCUACGUACACAACUAUCUGCCUCCAGGAAAGUUCUGUAUGGGACACACUUGGUACCUAGCAGCAGACAUGCAGCUUCACAUCGUCGGCGUGCUUCUAAUGCUGUUCCUGAUGCGUUACCGAAACGGGACAAUACCGAUGUUAAUGCUGACCGCUGUCGGGUCCGGAGUGGCAGCUGGUCUCGUCGUUUAUUUCUACGAACUCACGCCUAUUGUUACUGCUCAAUCACCAGAAGAUCGUCGCAAUAUGUUCGCCGGGUCCAAGAUCUUGAGCCUCGUCUACUUACCGUUCUGGAUGAACCUGCCUGGAUACAUUGGAGGAAUGGCAACAGCGUUUUUCUUUCAUCAUAACUUAACGGAGGGAACCAUAAAACUCAACAAUAGUGGAAUUUUCAACUUGCUGUACCACUCGGCUUUGUUACUCGGUGGCGUGGUAGUAUUCUCCGGUACAGUGUUUCUGUCAGACAUGCCUUUGCCUCAGUGGGCUUCUGCCCUCUACGCCUCCCUGGAUCGAACUCUUGUCUCAAUAUUCUUCUGCAUAUUUAUGUUGGGUUGCUUUUCCAGAUGUAUGUCGAUGGUGCGCAAUUUCUUGGAAUGGCGCUGUUUUCACAUCCUCGGGCGGUUGUCCUACUGUGUCUUCCUCAUACACUUCAUCGUACUGCGACUUACGCUGGCUAGCAACACUCAACUUGGACAUGCCUCAAUAUUAUCUAUGAUCUCCCUUCUAAUCACUUCAUCAGCACUGAGCUACGUGGCAGCAAUUCCUCUCUGUCUAUUAGUGGAGCUGCCACUCAUUCAGCUGUGGAAGGCUUGCACUGAAGGUGAACCUUACCGACCAGCAACACCUGACCAGCCCGCCAGGAAGGAUUUCGACCUUGUCUCCUCAAUCAAGAAAGGAACUGACGCGUAA